AUGCGCCAUGGCGGCACUGUUGUACCCGGCUCUUGCUUCCUUCCUGAAUUUCUAAAAGUCCGCGUCUAUCUCCCUCCUGCAUUCAUUGCCCACAACCCUGAUUUACAUCCGGCCAUCUGCGAUAUUGUACAGCACUUUAUUGAAACAGUAGCCGUUCGUACUGCUGAAAAAUGGUCUCCUCGUGCCAAGAGGACCUUGAAUUACUCUAUGACCCAGAAGGGAAGGCCCGUUCCAAAUCCUUUUCCGUCUGUAAGCAUUCCUCUGCCGGAGGAAGGGGCUGCCUGCUAUAUGUUCUUUGGCGGUCCGAGCGUUCAUGAUUCCAUUUACCACUCCUCGCCCCCCCCUCCGAUUGUUUCCAUUUCCCAUAAUCGCAGUACCUCUCCGUCGCCAUCGAAUUCCUCUGAUAUGUAUGCCGUCAAAAGCCUUUCCGACAGCGACUGCACCAUUCUAGGCCUUCAGGAAGACAUUAGUGCCUUACAAAAGGCAAACGAGGCCCUUUGUAUUGAGCUGCAAGCUGCGUAUGACCGAUUGCACAUCCUCGAGAAGCAGCUUAUUGAAGCUCGGACCAUCGUUCCAACUCAUGUCCCCAGCACUCCCGCGCGUGCCUUCAAUACAUACUCUGGUAUCUCUAAAACUCCUACCCAUGUCCCAAAAACUCCAACCCGUGACGUGAAAAAGGUGACCGCUCGCAGGAAGACUCCGUUGCGCAGUGCUUUUGAAACGCCAUCCCAUACUCACGCCUCCCCUGCCCCGGCCGCCUCACUGAGGUCACCAUUUUCUGGGGCAGGGAGCUUUUGGGUCUUGUCUCCUUCAAUUUCUACGGCUGAUCUUUUUGACGAUCCAACCGAUUCAUUUCUUAUGCUCCCUGUUUGCUUAGAGCAGCACAACAUGUCUUCCCUUUUGCCCAAAAUUCAGGAAAUAGCUGCCUACCACCCAACAGAGGUGCACUUUGACGCAUUAGUCAACUUGGGGCUGUUGAACAAGAUUGCUCAGAAGAUUGCCGCAAUCAUGGCAAUUGAUGCUUCUGUCUUGUCAAAGCAGGAUCUGUCCGUUUAG